AUGGAAUUAUCUGCAUCUAGAAGUGAUACUUCAAAAUCUGCUAAAUUAAACGUGGUUGAUAUGUUUAUUAAAAAAAAUCCUCUUGACCCUUUACAUAUUCUCGCAUUUAGAGUAUUAUCUAAUGAUGAAUUAAUGAUAAUGACGAAAUGGUAUCAUGAAGGCUUAAAAGAAUUUACAAUUGUCUGUUUGAAAGACUAUAAGAUAGAUGAAACAUCUGAAGAACCAUAUGAAGAAUCAUCUGAAGAACCAUCUAAAGAACCAUCGAAAAGCCUAAUUGAAGAACUAUCUGAAAAACUGUCUGAAGAACUAUUUUCUGUUGAAUACUUUAAAUUUAUUAUUAAGCAUCUCGACUUUGAAUUUUUUAUGCCAGAACAUUCAUUAAAUGAACUAAUCAAGAGUCAUGUCGAAGAUAUUCCAUUUUUCAAAUUAUAUGCACAAAAUCUUUUAGUAGCUGCAAUCUCAGAGCAUAGAAUCGACCUUGUUGAUCAGGUUUUUAACAAAUGUAUGGAAUCAAUCAAGAGCAAUCCAGAUGAAAUUAAUAUUCUUAAAAUAAUCACGCCUCAUUUACGUGAACUUCAUGAAAAUCAAUACGAGAAACUGUCUGAAAAAAAAUUAGUUGAUAAACAACCAACUAUACCUUCAAUUUAUUUAGUUGUUCCACUACCACGUUUUUGUACAUAUGAACCCAAUUAUUCAUUUUGGGUAGAAAUACUUGGAAGACCUUCAUCAAAUGGAUUUGUUGAAAUACAAACCCCUGAAUUAUAUUCUAGUUGGAUUGGUGAAGCUCUGCUUAAUUUUAAAUGGAAUACAUUUGGGAAAUACUGUUAUUAUAUUGAAUGGAUUAUUUUUACACUUUUACUUAUUGUAUUUUCUCUCGCUGUUACGGAAACCAAAGGACUGGUUUCAGACACUUUUCAAAAAUUAUUUCUGUGGAUGUCUAUUAUAAUUGGAUUGUUUUUUCUCUUAUACAUUGAAUUACGCCAAUUAAUUUUCGACUGGAAACGAUAUUUAUUUAAUUUGUGGAAUUGUUUUGAUGCAGGAGCAUUAAUUAUGCCUAUCGCUACUUCAAUUUAUUGGUUAUUACAUGGUCCUCCACCACCUUGGGCACCCUCAUUAGCAUGUCUAUUUCUUGAUAUAAAAUUCUUGUUCUUUUUACGAGCGUUUGAAUAUUUUGGUACUUUUUUUGCCAUUAUUAUUGGCGUUGCUCAACAAGUGUUUUCAUAUUUAAUAGUUUUAGGAAUGAUUAUACUUGCUUUUGCUCAUGCUUUUUAUAUAUUACUUCAAAAACCAAACAAGGUUUAUAGUAAAAUUAUGGAAGUUAUUAAUAAUAAUGAUUUGGCAGAUGAUGCAAAACCAAUUAUUAGCGAAGAACUUUUAAAGUUAGCCGGAAUAAAUGAUAAAAAAAUUAUUAAAUCACAAUAUACUGUUAUGUGGGUCAUAAGUAGGGGUGG